AAAGAAGAAGAAGAAAAAAGGCGAAGAAGAACGAAGAAGUUUUGUCCAAUCGGCUUGCCGUACUGCUUCUGUUGCUGCACACCUCACUUUACGCACCCGCACGAGCGUCACCAAAUUCUUCUUUCUCGUAGUCGUCGGUAUGCAGCGUCACUGCCCGACGACCAUCUCGACAAAGAAACUUGGGAGUCCAUUUGAAUCAGUACGUUGACGCUCACCGACCUAGCUAAAACUAGCUUAGUUUGCUAAUCGCAAACGAGGAAGAGUCCCCCAUUUUAUGAUUUGAAUUUGUUCGUGAUGCCGCUAGGCAAAGAUCACGUGAGAGUGUAAAGUGUUGUCGUCGUCGUGUAAAAAAAUGUGUGCGGAACGUGUGAAAGAAGAAGAAUACGAGGAGGAUAUUUCUGGGACAAAAGAGAACAACGAGCGAGAGCUCGAAGUGCGGGACGCAGUUUGCAAGCAGCCUCGACUUGUUUUACAACAAGCAGACGUCAGUGAAGAAGAACUCCGUCCCGAGAAGCAGCCGGCGGAAUCCGCUCGCAUUAAAGUCGAAGAGCGGAAGGGCGAUAUUAGCAAGUUUCCGUUGGCUGGUGUCGGGGCGAAGAGCGAAGAAGAAGAAGACGGAGGGUCGCAAUCCGACAGUCUCUUAGCUCCGCUAUCAGACAGCGAUGACCUAACGUCACACUCUUCUGGCUACGAUGACCGCGAAGAAGAACUCUGGAAAGGUGACGUGAGAGGCCACGCCGGCAACAAAUGCGUCAGGUGUUGUCAAUGCGACAAAACAUUUGAGAAAAAGUCAUUGUUGAAAGCGCAUACAAGAACACAUACUGGGGGAUACCCGUUUGCCUGCUCCGUUUGUGGCAAAAGAUUCGUUCAGAAGGGAGAUUUGACAAGACACACGCGAACACACACUGGGGAAAAACCUUUCGUCUGCUCGGUUUGUGGGAAACGAUUCACUCAAAAGGGAUAUUUAACCAUUCAUACACGAACACAUACAGAGGAAAAGCCUUUUGUCUGCUCAGUUUGUGGCAAAAGCUUCACUCAGAGGGGAUAUUUAACCAUUCACACGAGGACACACACGGAGGAAAAACCUUUUGCAUGCUCAAUUUGUGGCAAAACAUUCGCCCAGAAGACAAAUUUAAAAACUCACACAAUAACACACACUGGCGAUAAAGCAUUCGCCUGCUCAGUUUGUGGUAAAAGGUUCUCGAGGAAGACUAAUUUAACAAUGCAUACAAGAACACACACUGGAGAUAAAACUUUUGCGUGCUCGCUUUGUGGCAAAAGAUUCACUCAGAAGGCAAAUUUAAAAACCCACACAAUUACGCACACUGGUGAAAAACCGUUUGCCUGCUCCGUUUGUGCCAAGAGAUUCACCAAGAAACAAGCGCUAAUAACACACAGGAGAACGCACACUGGUGAGAAGCCAUUUGGUUGCAAUGUGUGUCAUAAAAAAUUCCAUGUCAAGCACAAGUUGAACAGACACAAGUGUGCUGGUGACAAGAGAGGCUGUCCGUGAAUGAAACGGCGCAAUAAACUCAGAAGAAACUCAGCCUGUGUUGCUCAUCACUGACUCGCUCCAUUCGCCCUAAUCAUUAAUUCUGUGUGUGUGUCUACGGCGACAUGGUGGUGCAGCUGAAGAGACUUGGGCUCCCAGUUCUGAGGACCGGGGUUCAAGUUUGUAUGUUUGUAUGUUCUCUCCCUGCCUGCGUGGGGUUUCUCCAGGCACUC